AUGGCUGAGAGAUGCACAGCAACCAACUGCCCCCCCCCCCAUCCUGUUCUACCUGACAGCGGGGACCCACUGUUCACAGAACCCCCUCCAUACCCCUCCGGGCCCCGGGCCCCAGCCCCCGUGGCUGAGCUGCGGGAGGGAGCAGGUGGACGGGAGGCAGCCGGCACAUACGGGCCCGCUGAAAGGGAAAGUAACUUUAAAGGGCCGGCGGGGCGGACGCGAGGGCGCACUUCACGGACUAGCCCCCCUCAGCCGCCUGACUCCACGGUGGCUUUACCCCUUCGGGAAAUAGGACCCCCAGAUGACACAGGAAUCCCCAGGCUCCAGUACUGGCAAUUCUCCACCAGUGAUCUGUAUAACUGGAAGACUCAGAGUGCUCGGUUUUCAGACAACCCCAAAGAUUUACUGGCUUUACUGGAUAGUGUCAUGUUCACCCACCAGCCCACUUGGGAUGAUUGUCAGCAGCUCCUCCGAAUCUUGUUCACCAUGGAAGAGCGAGAGAGAAUACAGAUAGAAGCUAGAAAGCUGGUCCCGGGGGAUGACGGUCAACCGACUGCCAACCCCGACCUCAUAAAGGCAACCUUUCCUCUGACCAGGCCGGCGUGGGACUACAACACGGCAGAAGCCUUACAGAAAAUUCACCAAGAAAUCUGGCCCAAGCUGAAAGAGCUAUAUGAGACCAGUCCCCCACCGACACCCCAUCCGUACCAGCCGGGAGACUGGGUCCUGGUUAAGCGACACCGACAAGAGACCCUAGAGCCCAGGUGGAAAGGACCACUCCAAGUACUCCUGACCACACCCACCGCCCUGAAGGUAGAAGGCAUUGUGUCGUGGAUCCACUACACCCACGUCAAGCCAGUGGACCCAAUCUCCGACCUUCUGGGGCCAAUCACAGCGGCGGCUGAAGCACCGGACACGUGGACUGUGGACAGAACUAAGAACAACCCCUUAAAACUCACCCUGCACUGGCAGCAUAGCUCACUGCAAACAUGCAGUUAGGUAGUCUAACUCUAACAUUAGUCGCCCUAGUGGCCGCUGGGGAAAACAUAAAGCCAGCUCCUAAUCCCUUUGUCUGGAGAUUCUGGCUUUAUG